GGCACUUGAACGUCCGACUGCGUGGACCACAGGUCGCUCUUGUCGCUGGAGUGGAGAUACGAAGAGUUUUUUUUAGUCAUUUAUCAAGAACAGGGAGUCAAAGUACUUUUGUCACGUGACCAGCCAUCCACUAAACUUGCGGCCAUGAGAACGGCGAGGCUUUGUUUCUGCCUGCUUCUGCUGCACGCUCAGAGAAGCAGCCCCGCUCUCGCCGGGUUUGACGAGGACGCGGAAAGAGGCACGGCGUCCGUCGACAUCAUCGACCGCAGCGGAGUGUUGAACUCAUUGCUCCGUUCGGAGCAUCGCACGGUUCUCCGGCAAGGGCGCGCCCAGGUGCCAAAGAGAGCCCAGCAGGGUUCCCGUUUCGCCUUGUCCCUUGACGUCCCCACCAGCAUCCUCAGCGUCCUCAUAGAUCUGGCCAAGAACCAGGACUUGAGGACCAAAGCGGCAGCCAAUGCAGAACUGAUGGCACGGAUUGGCAGGAGGAAAUAAGAAUGGAGGAGAACUGACACUUGUUAGUUGAGGUAGUACUCACUUGUAUGUACCAUGACAUCACUUGUACUCCAUAAAUGCAACAAUAUCACAUCUGCUCGACUCUUUCAUUCCUUCAUUGCUCUCAUUCUUCUCAUCCAAACUCUCCUUCUCGCGUGUGCACGUGUCAUGAAUCCACACAAUGAAACAUUACGAUAAUUCGUAUUCAUUUCACCUCGCAUGGACAAGCAGCAGCGAGCCGUUAAAGGCAAAUGAAUGCGUCACGGCGAUGCCUGAUAAACAUGACAAAGACACGGCAGGAUAUUGACCUCCGCCGGAAAGAACGACCUCAGCGUUGAUUUCAUCCAGGCUUUUGUUCACGAUGCU